CCGCUGAACGCAUGCUGCUUGGAUUUAUGUGUCUGCAGACUUUCAGCGAUAUAAGUCACCUAGUGAGAUAAAACAAUGCACUGGACUGAAAUGAAGAAAGAAGAGCUUGAGAGGCAGUAUUCGCCCAGCCGGUGGUCGCACAGGAUGUCUGCAGACGACGUGAUCAAAGCUCAUGUGAAGGUUUUAACUGAAGGUACGGAGCGAGCCCGUCGUCUAGCUCAGACUUUACUCAACGUGCCAUAUGGGGAGGGAGAUGGAGAGAAACUGGAUGUCUACAUACCCAGCACCAGCUCUUUAGAUGUCUCCCUUGUUAUUUUCAUACAUGGAGGCUACUGGCAGUUUCUCAGUAAGGACCAGUCUGGAUUCCUGGCUGUUCCGCUUGUAGAUAAAGGUGUAGUGGUGGUUGCUGUUGACUAUGACAUCGCCCCCAAAGGUAACAUGGACCUGAUGGUGUCGCAAGUGCGCAGGAGUGUUGUGUCUGUUGUUGAGCAGUAUUCUCACAUCAGUGGUUUGUACCUGUGUGGCCACUCUGCUGGAGCUCACCUGGCUGCAAUGAUCCUCUCCACUGACUGGUCGCAGUACAGCGUCACCCCCCAGAUCAAAGGUGCUUUUCUUGUCAGUGGCAUUUAUGACAUCCUGCCCAUCGUGUCCACUUAUGUCAAUGAGCCUUUGAAGAUGACAGAGGAGGUGGCAGUGAGAAACAGUCCCAGCAAGCUGGUCCCUCAGCUCAAACUCUCCUCCUCCAGCUCCCCCCCCCCCCCCUGCCAUAUUGUAGUGGCUGUUGCUGAGAAUGAAUCGCCAGAGUCCCACAAGCAGUCAGAAGAAUAUUACAAAGCUUUGGAAGCAUCAGGACUGAAUGUGACCAUGGAGGUUGUGCUGAACACAGAUCACUUCAGUAUCAUUGAGCAACUGGUAGAUGGAGAGUCUCACGUGACAAAGCUUCUCUUGAAGGUGAUGGGGAAGAGCUGAGGCGUUGGUCUUUGACUGAUCAUCCAAUAUCAGUAUACUUCUACUGUAUAUCGACACACAGCUCUGAACAAAGUCAUCAUGAAUCGAUUCUAAUAGAAUAUGCAUUAGGUCAAAUUUGUAUAAUGGCAAAUGUACAUUUUCUAUCCCCUUUGGUUGAUCAACCAUAACGUGGAUUGUUUUGACUGUCUAGUUUACAGUUUCAUUGAUUAAAAUGAGCUUUGUUUACUGUGGUUGCUGCUGUCAGAAAAUAAACAACAUUGGCACAGCACUGUGUAUAAAUAUACAGUAAUGUCUCAACAAAAGGUUAUGCUGUGGAAACACAGUAUCUAACAAAUAUGUAUGGAAUAGGGACACAAAAUCAGUACUCAAUGAUGCUACAUUAAAGAACUAAUUUUUUUAACUCAAGGUUUGUCUGCUCGUACAAAUAAAACAAAGCCAGGAAUCACAAAAGAGUAACUGAGGUGGAUAGUAGGGGUCCAACGGUGCAUUCUGUAACUUCACCCUGGAACCAUCAAAAAAUGUGAAUUUGUCCGUGGUUAGAGGUUUCAGUUCUCAGAGAAGAAAAACAACACCCCUGAAAAUAAAAAUCCCAUUUUGUGAAUUUGUAGUGACUAAUAAUUCAGUAUCAAUUAUAGAGAACUGUUGUGUUAUAUUUUAGAUAUCCGCACCAGUUUCUGCCUCAGCUCUUUAUUUAUCAUCAGGAAACAUCCAACUGGUCACUGUAGUCAAUGGCAGGAAAAGGAGACCGUUUUGUUUUGGUGUAGGAAAUGUGAAGUGGAGAGAACUGCAAAGAGUAGGGCGAGAGAUGUCCAAUGUGAAAGACCUGAUGGGAACUUAGAUAAUGGUGGAGAACAGAAAGUUGCUGUUUAAUUUACCGAAAACAACUGGCUGGAAGUGAAUUUUGGUAACUGAUAAAUCCAGUAGGGGGCAGUAAUGCAACAUUAGGAUAUCAACUGCAGUUAAACAACGAGGAAGAAGAUGUCUUCUCCCCGUCCGCGAGGACGUGACCGUUACGAUAUCGAGUUACUUCUCGAGACGAGGACUUUCUCACUGAGAAGCCAGACACGUAGACCUUCGGAGAUGGCCAACGGAGAUUGGGGGAUUCUCUGCACCAGAGAGCAGUGACAGAUUGGAGGUUGAGUGGGAUACUGAGGUAGUCACUCUGGAGAGUCAUCUUGCUGAAAAAGGACGAGGUAC